AUGCUAGAACCCGAAAGCUGCUUCGUUCUCGAUGAUGGUAACGGUCUUGCAGUAGGGUACCUGCUCGGCGUCCCUGACACUGCCUCAUUUGUGCAAAAGUAUGAGGACUCCUAUAUUCCGUACCUCCAAUCGCAAGGGUUUGAAAAGCCAGGGCCAGACGAGCAGACUGGCUGGAAAGAAAACCUCCCAAACGCACUCAGACAAAUCAUGUUCGGCCCACAUGCGAUGCUGCAUACACAACAUCCUCAGCUGUUGGAGCAAUGGCCAGCGCAUAUGCACAUUGAUAUACUAAUCCCGUAUCAAAAGCAAGGCUGGGGUCGGCGAUUGAUCGAGCGGUUUUGUGGUGUGGCUCAAGAACAAGGCGUAAGGGGUCUUCAUCUGCUCAUGGCAGCAUCGAACGAGGAUGCCGGGAAAUUCUACCCUCGUGUGGGAUUUUCUCGUUUCCCCUAUGUGAUUGAUAACGGUGUCAGUGGCGAGAAGGGCAGAGAUUCAGGUACCAUCUGGUUCGUGAAGUCUCUGUAA